ACCAUCCUUUCUUUCACCUCUCUCGCUCUGCAAUUACUUCAAAAUAAAGUAACCAGUUCCUGAAUGUCACUGAAUAGCAUGUUUAUAUAGUUAUUCUUACAAACCUAUUUAAGUCUUUCACAACAAAGGUGGCAAGACCGGAAUAUCGAAAAAAAACCAAUGGCAAACUCCUGCGUAAAAUAAAACAGACAGCAAAUAAAGAAAUAAAAGGAAGGAAAGAUCAAACAGAACGGUUACCAAUGGCAACGGGAGCGAGCUGAGCUUGAAAGUCACCUUGUCUCAUCGGAGGCUGACGGGCCCUCCCUGUACCAGGCCAGACAUCAGCCGGAGUAGAAAGUUCAGGGUUCGAUCGGAGUUCUCACCAUGUGCUUUGCUAAUUUUCUCUCAUUAUAGGAGCAGACGCAAAACAAUGACCUCCCCUGCUGGAGGAGUGGGGAGCCAGACUUGCCACAGGUGUCGCGGGCAGGCUCUCCUCUACGUCGCUUGGAUCGAACAGCCGAGACUUUAUCGAGUGCCGAGACUUUGGGAGGGACUAACCGAGACCAUCGGAGUACCGAGACUACCUAGGGACUUGCCGAGACCACGGAGAGCCGUGACUAACGGAGGGGACUAACCCAGCUGAUGAAGUAGGACUAUCAGGAUGAAACUGCUUCUGUGUUUGCUGCCUUAUCAUCUCAGUCGUUUAGGCGACGAUGUAAAGCUAGGGUCGACUAAAGUAGUCGAUGGUAGACUAAAUUACUCACAAUAACAGUUAAAAGUUCGAAGCCUGAUUGGAAAAUGGCGGAAAUCUUCGAAACAUUCGAAACCUACCCUAAAAUCGUUUGCACUUCAAUUUACGGUCUGGUCAACUGAUUCUGAGAGAGAGAGAAAGGACAAAAAAAAAAAAAGAUGCAAAGAAAGGAAGAUAAAAAGAGCUUGUGUGUAAAAAUGCAAUGAGGUUAAAUAAGUAUAUAAGUGUUCUUUCUAAACAUCCACUUUUCAUGACCACUAACGAAAAUUACCAUCACCCCUGCAUCCAUUUUCAUGUGUAACAAAAACAAAUUGUUAUCACUGACUCCAUACGGAUAAAUAUAUUCACAUGCGUCAUUCAAUCUCUUUGUGUAAAUGUAUGCACGUUUGCUUGUUUCCUUUUUUUUUUUUUUUGGAACCCUGACACUAGAAAAUAAUUCGAAGAAAGGCUUGGUAUAACUGUUAGUGUCCUGUGACUUGUUUCUGAAGUGCUCAGCUCCCACACACACACGAUUCGUUCUCCGGGCAACGACUUACAGGGUUGUAUCGGCUUAAAGGCUUUGUCAAUCUAUGAUGCUUACAACUCGACCCGCUUCUCCAUCGAUCUCAGUGCCAUAUAUAGCUUUACCUUUUCAUACCAUGGCACGCAGCGCUACGCCCUUACAGCAAAUGUCGUAGAGGAUUUUUGAUCUUACCAACAAAACACAGCACUGAAGCAUCCUGAGGGAUCCACCUGGUGCACAAGACAUUUUAAGCAAUACAUUUAGUGCAAAACUGAUGUGCUAUGUGCGACCAGACAGCCAUGCAGGAUAGAAGAAGAAAAAAUAAAAAUAAAAAAGGUUGUCACGACUGCUGCUGGUGGUGUUGGUGGUGGUGGUGCAUAACUGUGUGUCUCGCCAUCGAUAAAGUGUACCGAGCUCUGCUAGUCCCAGGGUAGGCCUGGUACUUCAAAGCAGCCAACCUGGGAUGUGUCGCAUCUCUGUGUGUUUCUUGAAGGAAUCGUGUUGUCAAAGACAGUGACAGGUGACAGUUGGCAGAUAUUUGUGUGUCGGUGACACCAUGGCAUGCGUGCGUCAGUGUACUGAUUCACCAACGUCAGCUGUGGCGGUUAGGUCAGGCUGACGUCAGCGAGGGAGUAACUCCAGUGUCAACUACCAGCGCAGCAGCUAAGCAGCACAUCUUUAGUACCGCCUCUAGCCGUGCAGCCUGCCUCUAGCAGUACAUCAUGCAGUGUCAGCAGCAGCAGCAGUCACAGUCUGGGGAGACAGUGUCGGUCUAACCAUCGCAAAUUUGAUUAAAACCAGUUCAUGGCGUAAGCCCCAAGCUUGUCGAGCGAAUGAGCCGACGAUGGUAGCUAUCCCCAGUCGAUGUCAAUCAGUGAAUUAGCUCUCCUCAUCUCAUCACCCUCCCACUCUAUUCAUUCUACUCGAAUAUGUGAUAGCCAGUCGCUCCGCCUGGACUUGCAGAGGAAGCAGGCAGAUUGUACGGUCUCCUGCCGUUGUCCCCCAAGCGUGACGACCAAGUGAGAUUUGUGCCAAGAUCAUGUUCAGAACAGAUGGAAAAAAUAGUGGGCGGCAGGAAUGAAAUAAAGAAGAGAAAGGGUGUACUUCUUCUUCGACCAGGUGUGCGUGUGUCGGUUGUUUUAUCUUCCACGUGACCUAACCCCCCAAACCAGACGUUUGCUCAUCUCUGCAUCUCCAACAGAGCCCCAUCCACCCUUGUUCAUCCCACCUCGCCUAAUACAGACCUCGCAAAUCUUCAGCAUCGCGAAGACAGAAUGGAGCUCGUUAGGAGCUAAAAACACGCCAGUCAACAGCCACCCUGGCUUGCUGAGGAGUAGAAACAGAAUUUACGCCAACGGGGCUCGACGGUUUCUUUUUCUUCCACCCCGUCUCUACACAACACACGUCUCACCCCAGUCGCCGUACGGCCAUCGUUUUACUCCACUCGCCUGCAAGCAUCCAGUGUCCAGAGACAGCCAGGCUACAGCAGCGGGACGCAUAAAAUACCACACAAGCGGUGCGAUUGAUUUUUACCCACCCACCCUCUCCCCCUCACCCGCUUUCCAUUCCUCUCCCAUCCCUCUUCCCUCUUCAUCCUGCAUUUCCUUCAUGCACUUGUCUCCCUUGCCUUCAGCAAGUCUUUGGAAGAGGGCAAGCGUCAUUUCUUUAUCAAUAAUGCUCGGUCCGUGUUCGUCCUCGUCUCUCUUAUCACCGGGAUGAAGGACAGAGACUGAAGAAGAAGGGAGAGAGAGAAAAAAAAUUAAAGAAAAGUUGCUGAGAGACCAGGAGGCUGUGGUGUCGUCCCACCAAGUCCACAACGACCACAUCAGGAUUUGACCGAACGCUGGAAUACAUUAUACGAAGGCGAGGGAAAAAAAUCACAGUCUGUGGUUUAGACUGUGCCAACAGGCAUCUGGAGGGGGUGGGUGGACGCACGGUUCCUCCGCGACCUGAGCGUCACCCCCGGGGUCUAUGUCGAGCAUGACACGAGGACUAAGGCUGAUGACCUCUGCGCUCAAGGCCUCAGGUCACCCACCCCCAACCAACCUCACAGAGGAGGGGUGGACGUUUCCAAGUGUGCCUUGCCAUUCCACACUCUAGUGCCAGACUUUCCAGGGAAGUUCUAGAGGAGGAGGGAGCCGAGACUGUGAUGGUCAAACCUCGUAUCGCGCGUGUCCCCCUGUCUCCCCUGACACUGGAUGCUCUGUGAUUGGAUACUGUUUUAACACAAGCCUACCUUAUGACCUUUUCGCGAUCGUUGCUUGCCGUUGAGACUUCCAUUCAUCACAUGCUCACACGUUCUCACGCAUUUACACACACACACACACCCGGCUUUCACACUGUAAAGAGGUGAGACACAUUUUGGACAAAGCCAGACACUGAUCUCGUUUUCAUCGGACACCAGGACACGCACACCACCUUCCUCUGUACCCCUGACUACGCCUCCACCAGGACCCUCCCAGACUGGCAGGAGAGAAAAAAAAAAGUAAUAUUUUUCAACACAGACGAAAGCAUAUUGACUCUGUCUGGUAGUGGUUCCGUUCCACCAAAUAUUGUGACAACCGCGAUCGAGGCCGGAAGUUGAGCAUUGAGAGUCACAAAUCGUUUCUUUGACUCGUUUCUGUGGGUAUUACAGACGCUGUAUAACCAACUCACUGGAUGCGCCUUCCACACACACACACUGUUCCCCCAGCUGAUGGAUAUUUCCUUCAUUUACUCCCAAUCGCUGGAGGCCGCCCGCCGUGUCUGGCCUGCGUGGUAAGCAGCUGCCCGACAACCGAACGACUUGAGUAGCCCUCUCCGCCGCUGCUGCACUGGUGCCGUGGUGAAAUCCAGUUCAGUGUUUGUAGUCGAAAGCCGUGAUGGACCGGUGCUGGGGUUAUAGUUGUUGUUGUUGCUGUUGUUGUUGUUACCUUCCUCAUCGUCGUCGAUGACUGUUAGUUGGAGGCGGGGAGGUGUGGGAGAGGUCUCCGUUCGUACCGCCUGGAUAAUCGCUGCGAUCUUCAACACAGUAUCGACCAGCUGUCGCCGUCCACCAUCAUCAUCACCACCACCAGCACCGGUUGGCGAACAAGAAGUUCGAGCGGACUUGUUUUCCCCGAGCGGGCAGCCGAUGUGAGGCUUCGCAGGUGUGGUCUGGCGUCCCCGUUCUUGACGAGACUCUCGCCGGCUACCGAGGGCCGGGCGCUCGCCGAUGCCAGCGCCACCGGCUGUAAAUAGAUGGAAGAGCGAAAGCGCCAGAUUUAGAUUAUCCACACCCCUCCCUCUCUCUCUAUCUCACAAAGCCUCCCUCCUUCUCCCUCCUUCCCUUGAGCCAGCCUUCACUUUCGCCAAAAGGUAAGACAUCGGUGGACCUUCAGGAACCAUCGCUUCUUCUGUGGUUUGCAUCAGACAAGAUUUGUUCUCGAAUGACCUCAGUCUGCUGAUUCAAGCAAGUUCCAGCCAAACUGUUAACAUCGCCGGUGAACUUUGACAUGUUUGGAUACGUCAUACACAGAAAAUAAAACAUAAAGCAGGUUACAGCAAGUAAACUUUGACCCAGGAGUAUGUUUAAGUGAAAAAAAAGGAUAAGGCCCUUUUUCCCCUUGAAUCUUAAAAAAAAAAAAAAAAAAAAAAAUCCACAGGAAACAUCAUCGAACAGGAAGGGGAGAAAUGAUGAUUUAUGGUUCGGCAAGGAAAGUAGCAUGGUGUACUUGCUGCGUGAAGUGGUAAACAGAUGACUACCUUCUCUUCCUGCUGAGUAAUCGUGCAAAAGCCAGGGCUGCUAUUCCCAGGAAGCAGUUCAAACACAAAAGCAAUGCAAAAGGGGAAAAAAUCCAACUCAACUUCUAUGAAAUGAAGCUUCAAAAGUUUGUUAUAUUCGUGAUGGUUUCAUUAUAACCUCCUGCAAAUGUGGCAAGUGAAACGUGUGAUCAGCAACUUGGAUGCCAGCCUCUGUAAGGAGAGAAAAGAAAACGAACUUUGUGAUGGGCAUCAGGCUGUGACCGAAAGGUGAACAGGGUGUCGGGGAGACCAAGAGUGAGGAGUCGGAGGAGGAGGAGGAAGAGAAAGAGACUCAACUUCCGGCAGGAUGACGAGGGAGAGACACAGGGCCCGCCAUGCUGCUUCUACCGCACAUCAUGCGCACCACGCUCAUGGCCAUGGGCACGGGGGCCACGGGGGACACUUUGGCAGUCUGUGGCUUGACAGCGUACUGGGUAGUUUCGCGACCUACGCUCGCCUGAAGGGCCGGUAUGACGAUGACUGGAUCGACCGUCUGAACCACCUGUACACUACCAUCAUUCUCAUCAUCUUCACCAUCGUCGUUAGCACCAAGCAGUACGUGGGGGAACCCAUUCACUGCUGGUGUCCUGCACAGUUUGAGGAAAGCCAGGUCGAAUACACCAAUAACGUCUGCUGGAUAUCCAACACCUAUCACGUGCCCUUCGAGGACAUCCCCCCUCGCCAUACCCGCCCACACGAGACAGAGAUCGGCUACUACCAAUGGGUGCCCAUGAUCCUGCUCUUCCAGGCGCUGCUCUUCAAGGUGCCCUGUAUCCUGUGGCGCAUCCUGACAGCAUCCGCUGGCGUCAACCUCGACAAGAUCGUGACUCUGGCUGCCGAGACGGCCUACGUGGCUCCAGACGAGCGGGACCGAACCAUCAAACACAUCGUACGCUACAUGGACAGGUGGAUCGAGAACGCUCGCGAGUAUCGCUCAGGCUGCUUCAUCCGCAUCCGUCAGCAGAUCUCCAAGUACUGCUGCCUCGUCUGGGGCAAGCGCUACGGCAACUACCUGGUGACUUUAUAUAUGUUCAUCAAACUCCUCUACCUAGCCAACGGCAUCGGACAGCUGUUUAUUCUUAACGAGUUUCUGGGAACCAACUAUAACGUGUAUGGCUUCGAGGUGAUGGACCACCUGGCCAAGGGUAUCGACUGGACAGAAUCACCCAGGUUCCCACGUGUGACUCACUGUUAUUUCGAAAUCCGACAGAUGCAAAACGUACACCAGUAUACAGUGCAGUGUGUGCUGCCUAUUAACCUGUUUAACGAAAAGAUCUUUAUUUUCAUUUGGUUCUGGCUUGUUUUUGUUUCGACCUUAAGUGCCGCCAAUUUUCUGAUCUGGGUGUACACCAUGAUAUUCCGACAGCAUCGGCUGCGCUACCUGAAGAAAUUCCUGCGCAUCAACGAUUGCUAUAAGUCGGAGCUAGACAAGAAGAUGGCGGUGAAGUUUGCUGAGCAAUACCUCCGGCAGGACGGCAUCUUUGUCCUGCGACUCGUGGGCAAGAACGCCAACGAUGUCCUGGUGUCGGAACUGAUCCUACAGCUGUGGAACCACUACCGUAACAAGCCCCUCUUCCGGCACGCCAACCAAAUCAGCGACGACAACAGUAAUGUCUGACUAACCGUUCGCAAGUGGAAGCUGGUUCAAACCGUUAUGAAGUGGCUGAGGAUGAAGACCUUCUCCUUGGAGGACGUGACGGAUCUGGAGGACCUGGAGCGUCCCACCACCACCUCGGGCAUUGAGCUGCUCAGGUUUGCACCUCUCGGACGCCAAAAUGGAUUCUGCGUUCACGAGUCCUCCGAAGAAGAACAGGAAGUGGACACGGACACUCUUGUGACUAGCGUCUGACAAUUCCUCCAUGAUAUCGCAGAAGAGAAAAAGUUAUUGUUGUCGUUGUUCAGGGUGUGAACAUUGACUGUACUCCUUUGCUUCGAAAGCUGUACCAGAUGUAAAAUUUGUUUCAUUUGGAAAAGAAAUCGUUCAAAAGUACUUCCAGAGGACUGUAGCUGGUUUUACAUAGUUUACAAACGUGUUGUGAUUUCAAGUCUGGAAUCCCGCUUUCACCGUAUGAACAAGAUGAAGUAAAUAUAUAAGUUUUACGAGAAGCAAAUUAGAACGAAGAAAGGUUAAAAAUACAAGUGAGAUAUAUGCGACAGAUGUUGCUGUGUUGUUUACAUUGUUUGAUGGGACAUGGAAAACUUACAUUUUUAGCGUUGAACAUAGGUAAAUGCUCGAGAAGCUUCCUAGGAACUGAAGAAACUUGCGUUGCUGGGAGUUGUCUGUCCACACCCUGUCAUGACCAGUCGAAAAGGAGAGUGAAGCACAUCCUGCCACAACGCUGUCAAAGUUCCACAUUAAAAACAAACAUUAAAUCAACCCUUUAAAAAAUAAGCAAAAAUGCCACCUCCUCUUGUUAAGAAGACGAUGAAAACACUGAGGGUAAGCAUCCUUUGUGUGCUGCAAGUCGUAUCACCUCGACCUCGUUCGUGCUCCGACAGAUGCUUCGCAAAAAAAAAAAAAAAAGUCGUGCACACGCAAAUAUGCAUGAAAGUGAUGCCAUCGCGAAGUCAUCGAAAUAAAUGUUUGUGCCAGGAACGGUACCACUGUUUGAGCAGCGCCAUCUGCUGCACAGAACGAGUGACAAAGACUGACGAAUCAGCGAAGACGUGGACGUCUGAUCUCGCGUGGUCUCGCCAGGUCUCGAACCAUUUGUUGUGCAAGCGGUUGUUUGGGUGUUCGCGAAGCAGCAAUUGACCAAAGCUGAACGAAGAUGUGAAGACUUAAACUCGUCUUCAUCUUUCUUCAGGGGUGGGGGUGGUAGAGAGAGAAAGAGAUGGAGAGAAGAGAAAUGAGUACGACCCACCUCACAUAGCAUAUCUUCUGCAAGUGCGAAUGCGCAAACGAAAUGUUUAUGCAUUGAGAAUUCCGCUGCAGCGUCGCCGCGUAGUUCCACUAUUAUUCAAGUUUGUAAUUUAUUGCUGAAUGGGGUGAGAAGGACAAAUCAACUCCUGAGAUGAGGUCUGAGUCUAGCGCCACCCGUGUCCCUGGUCGCACGAUGUGAAUGAAGUGUAAAAGUUUAUUUGCCUACAAAGCAUUUAGUCAAAGAAUAUCUCACAUUUCCUCCUGAAGUUUUGACAUGAAAAUUGUUUUUUUCUUGUUGCAGGGGUUUUUAGGAGAAAGGAGGUAUUUUGUUUU